UCGACGUACAUCCAUAUACACUGAAAGCUCCAAGCACAUAGUAGUACUCGAUAAAUGGAGUCUUCACUUGCUUUCUUCGUCCUCCUUUCACUUAUCCUGACUGCUAUCAUGAACAUUGAUGCUAGACCACAUCGUGAAGAAUAUUGGCAGGACUCAUUUGAUCGAAGGGGUACUUCGGUGUCACCUCAGCCCAUAAAGAAAAGUCAUUGUAACACGUUCGCGAAGGCUAGUAACCCCAUAUCUUCAGGCCACGAUGAUUUCGAACCAAGACCUAAUGUUUCAAGUUAUGGCAAUGAUGUGAAUCCAGAUGGCAACAAAAAGGAUUUUGAACCAAGACCAAACGUUUCCGUUUAUGAUGAAGAUACAAGUUUAAAAGGUAAAGAGAACUUUAAAGAAGAGUUUGAGCCUAGGCCAAACGUCUCGGUUUUUGAUAAUAUUAUAGGGUUAAAAGGUAAAACUAAAGUUGAUGAAGAGUUUGAGCCAAUGCCAAAUGUCUCGGUUUAUGACAAUGAUACAAGUUUAAAAGGUAAAAAGAAUGCUAAUGAAGAGUUUGAGCCAAGGCCAAAUGUCUCGAUUUAUGAUAACGAUACAGGUUUAAGAAGUAAAAAGAAUGUUAAAGAAGAGUUUGAGCCAAGGCCAAACGUAUCAGUUUAUGAUAACGAUACAGGUGUAAAAGGUAAAAAGAAUGUUGAUGAAGCGUUUGAGCCAAGACCAAACGUCUCGGUUUAUGAUAAUGAUGCAGGUUUAAAACGUAAGAAGAAUGUCGAUGAAGAGUUUGAGCCAAGACCAAACGUAUCAGUUUAUGAUAACGAAACAGGUUUAAAAAGUAAAAAGAAUGUUGAUGAAGAGUUUGAGACGAGACCAAACGUAUCGAUUUAUGAUAAUGACUUACGAAUGAAAGGUAAAAUGACAUCUAAAGAAGACUUUGAACCAAGGCCAAAUGUCUCAGUUUACGAGGGUUAAAGCUUCAAGUUACGAAUAUAAUUUACUAUCAACGUCUAAUAAUGUAUUAUAGAAAAGUGUGCUUGUGUGUGAUUUACGUGAAGGAAAAAUAAAUGUUCAUGCUUUGUAAUAUGUUUAAGUUUUUACUUAUUAUUUCAACUAAGCAUGUUUCAUUCUUGCC